GUCAUACUGCACGCCAAAGUCGCCCAGAAGUCGUACGGCAACGAGAAGAGGUUCUUCUGUCCUCCGCCAUGCGUUUACAUCGGCGGCAAUAUUUGGAGGCUGAUGCACGACCUCCUACGAGCUGGCACGUGCGGUGCCGAUGGCGGCGUGCGUGGGUACAUGUGCGUGGACAGUGCCGCGCAGACGCAUAGCGACGCCUACAAGCUGAACUUUGAAACCCUACCCAACACGACGGGGAUGUUGGCGUGCGCCAAGUCUUUGUUCAUCUCGGACGCAGACAAGAGGAAACACUUCCGCCUCCAACUCGGGCUCUUCCUGGAUGCGAGCGGCGAAAGACAGGAAGUGGGUUCCUUCCACAGCCGUCUGAUCAAAGUCAUCUCUAAGCCCUCACAGAAGAGACAAAGCAUGAAGAACGCAGACCUGUGCAUCUCGGCAUGCUCGCGCAUCGCGCUCUUCAACCGCCUUCGUUCUCAGACGGUCAGCACUCGCUACCUGGCCGUGGAGGGCGGGGCCUUCGUUGCUAGCGCCCGACGCUGGACGGCUUUCACCAUCACGCUGGUGGAAGAGCAUCGGGCCGAGCAUCAAGGCGACUUUGUGCUGAGUGAAGGAUUCGUCUGUUACGGUUCUGUGGUCCAACUUGUGUGCACGGAGUCCGGUCUCACUCUGCCUCCUAUGGUGAUCCGCAAGGUGAACAAGCAGCACGCCAUCUUGUGUGUGGACGAGCCAGUGUCUCAGCUGCACAAAUGCGCCCUGGAGAUGCGAGACACGCCGCAGGCCUUCCUCGCCGUCUCCAACGACGCCAUCGUGCUGCACCAGGCCACUUGGAGCCCGAGGGAGUCCGGCCGAGUGCUCCUGAACGACGGCUCGUGCUGGACCGUCACAGGAGCCGAGGUGGUGGAAUUUGCCUUUCGGCCGGGUCACGACAGCUUCGCCGCCCGUAUCCGGAUGCCCGUCACUCCUUUUCCCAACGUCACCGGACUGGAACUGAACGGCGGCGGUCACGUAGCCACGCUGGAAGUGGAGGGCGAAAACUUGGGGCCUCACCUUCAAGUAUGCUUUGGCCAGCAACGUGCAGACACCAUCUUUAAGUCUAUAAAGUCCCUGGUGUGCGUGGUUCCCGACGUGUGCGCCCUGCACGGGGGCGGGGUCAGGUGCGGUGCCCUGACCGUGCCCAUUACUCUGCGGCGUCUCUGCGACGGUGUGCUGUACAGUACCGCCUUCAGCUUCACGUACACGCCGGAGCCCGAGCGUCUGCCUCCACCCAUCAACGAGGGCGCCCGAUCGACUCGUGGGAGGGAUGGCGCCCCGCCCGAAGACGACGCCCUGCUAGAGAGCAUCCAUCACGAAUUCACGAGAACCAACUUUCACCUCUUCAUGCAGCCAUGA